AAAUCAACCAAUCCCAGAGAAGUAUCCGGAUCGAGCGGACCUGGUGACUACUACUCGCUCGCUCAGUUGGCGUGCUUUCGGGUAUCAAGAAAAAUAAGCCUCCGCGGGCACUGGGUAUAGGUGUACGCGCGUGUGUGUUUGGUGCGCUGUUUGCCAUGGUGGAAGAAGGCCGUGAGCCCAAGUGAGAGAGCGAAAGAGAUCGGAUCGUCGAGAAAACGGGGACUACUGGAACGACGCAAGGAUAAGCAGCAGUCGCGGCAGCGGAGCGGAGGGAGCUGCGAACAGCUGCGAAGGAGAACGACGCGCAGCAGCAACCGCAGCAGCCAAACGAAAGUAGGCAUCAUGGGCUCCAGCCAGCAAUUUUCCUUGAGGUGGAACAACUACCUCAAGCACAUAACGUCUGCGUUUGACACACUGCGCUCGGACGAGGAUUUGGUUGAUGUGACGCUCAGCUGCGAAGGCAAGCGAAUCAAGGCACACAAAAUGCUGUUAUCAGCGUGUAGUACAUAUUUUCGAGAUUUAUUUAAGGAAAAUCCCUGUCAACAUCCUGUUAUUAUAUUCAGAAAUGUAAAAUUUGAUGAUUUAGCUGCCUUGGUUGAUUUUAUUUAUCAAGGAGAAGUUAAUGUAGUACAGGAACAGUUAGAUAGUUUUAUGACCACAGCUGAGCUUCUUGCUGUGCAAGGUCUUACAGAUGGUUCAAGAAAGGAUGAUAGCAUAAUUGAGGAUGAUGUAGAAAUUCCUAGUGAACCUGAAGUACAAUUAAGGAAUGCGUCCGGUAAAGUUAUUAUGAAUGACAAGGAAAAUAAAUCAAGUUCUCCUUCGCCAUAUCACUUGACAGAUUCACAAAAGUCUGAAACAGCACCACCACCAAAUAAGAGAAGAAGGUGUCGAGAGAACUUUAACACACAUUCGGAAAAAUCCAACAGGCACAUCUCUUCACCUAAAGAUUUGGAACAUAACAAAUCUGAUGGUCACGCAUCGAUUGACCCAGUUGAAAUUAUACCUCUUGUACCAAAUCUGAAACUGGAGAUGCCUGAAUAUUUGGAGCAAGACGGUAGUAGCUGUAGUUAUGAAGAACAAGGAGACAAUUCUAACAAAAUGCUAGACGAUAGUUCAGAUUUGAUAGAAAAUGACCAGAAACCUGACAUUACACAAACAUUUUAUUCCAAUCAGUCUUCUACAGAUAAUUUAGACGUAUCAAAGUCAUCAGACAUAGGUUAUUUACUUUCGAAGCCUGGUACUAGCUCAGGGGACAGAAUAGCACAUGAGGCAAUGCAAGGAGAGGUAACGUACGUGCCCGGUCAGGCGCACAACCUCAGCAAGGCGAACGGCCACGGCAAGGUGUGCGUGCACUGCAAGCGCCGCGGAGUGCUCACCUCGCGUGGAAAGCUCAGGCAGACGCGCUUCAAGUGCUGGCCCUGCAAUGCCUGCCUCUGCCGCACGCCGUGCUUUGCCGAGUUCCACCAGUUGCGCUCGAUACCCCACGUCCCGCCUCCAUAGCACCAACCCGACUCGUCGCGCCAACGCACCAGAGCUCCGCUGUCCGCCGGCGGUGUCCGACCGAUCGCUCCCAAGCCCUCGCCCUCCCUCCUCUUCCUGCGCAUCCUCAAGCCCUGACUGCGCCUCGUCCUCCCGUCCCUCCCGUCCCACCCGUCCGUCCCGUCCCUCCCGGCCCUCCGACUCUGCACCCGGUCUUCUGUCGUCUGGUGCGACGCUCGAGCCUUGCCCGCAAAUCCAAAUCGGCAGGCGGUCGCUUCUCGGUACUGAUGGCCCUGUGCCGCGUGUGCGCAUUCGCCGCACCCAGCCACCGUUCGCUCGCGGCUAGCUCGUAGCGCGCGACGAGCUCCUCUCCAAUUGUACAUUUUAUCACAUGACACUCUCUUUUCGUUAUUAUACAUUGCGCUAGAGGAUGAUAGGAUAAUUGCACGCAGCCAGCUCCUCCUUGCUCCAUUGUUAUUUAGACCUUAGCUGCUGAUUUUACGUCUUAUCGCCUCGACACUUCAUUAAUCCUAUUACUCAUUCCAAGAUGCAUUUAUUCAUGUAUUACGCCUUAAUGUUUAUGUGCCUUUUUAACCUUACUCUAUUCGUAAUAUACGUACGAAUGGCAACACUCGUAAGUGUUUAUUAUCAAAAUCAUGCUCGUGCUUUCUUAUCGCAUUCCGUUAGUCCGCCAAUCGAAGCGUUAAUUUUUUGCACAUUUUAUUCUAUUGCGUUGUUUUUCCGCGGGGCUUGUUCAAUUUACGACAAUAAAUUCAUUACUAGAUUUAUAAACGAACGCCACAUUGUAACAUAGCGUGCGGACUGUUACUUGCCCAUUUUUAUCGGCUUUACACCGUAUGUUUGAAAAGAUUAAUCGAAGCAGUGCACUUAUCCUAUCAACGAAUUUUACAAUAUGUUAAAAUUAUAUAAAUAAUGUAUAUAACUAAUCGAAUUAGCUUUAGUGUUAAGAAUAAUGUAGGAAGAUGCCAAAACUUGUAAAAAAAAUAUAUCUAUAUAUAUAUAUCUAUAUAUAUAUAUACAUAAUUGUGCGGAUGCAUUGAUUUCUAAUGCGUUAAAGUAUCGUUGAAUAAUUAAGCAUAUUUUUUGUAAUACUUUGAUACUGGCAAAUUUUUACGAUUCAACUGACCGAAUGAAGAUAGCGUUUGAAACACUUCCAGCAUUUUUAUGACCAUUUUUACGACUAUCAUGCAUAAGCUUCAUUGUAGAUACGUAAUGUCCGAUGCAAGUACAAAGCUCGUCAAGUGAUUGACCGAGCACUCGCGAAACGGGUAACGAAUGAUGUAACGUACAACAGUAAAGUAAACCCCUCUAUAGAAAGAAAUAUUAAAAGGGAUCUUGUAGUGGAACAUUGUAAUACUCUUUCGAUAGCAUUUCUAUUAGAGACGUUUUCUCUUAAAAUUAAAACAGAUACAUCGACUAGUAAGCUGUGCAAGAAUUCGUUUCUUUGAACCAUUUGUUUGCAUACACAUACAAACAUACACACACGUACACACAGAUACAUCUAAAGAUACAUCUAAAUGUGUUUGUCGUUGAACCUAGAGAGAAAAAACAAUUGCAUCCAUUUUGUUGGGGAUUGGGGUUGCUUACUGAGCCUAUUGAAUGUGUUCUGUCGUCUUAAUCAGGCUUUUUACCCUAGCUUCUGCUUUCACACACGCCACUGAUCUUACAUAUAUACAAAAAAUCAACAGAAAAGUAUGCAGGUACAUUUGCUUGAAGGAUGUACUUGCAUCGAUCAAAUUAUUGACAAGUAAAUAUGAUGAGAACAAAAAAAAAAUUAAAAAAUAAAUAAAUGAAUGAAUAAAUAAAGAAGAAGAAGUAGAACGUAGGCGCUGAAAACGAGAUGAUUGAGGUGAUGUGUUUGA